GUGACAUAAGCCGGUGAAAAGCUUCUUUAAGGCGAAAUCAUGUUUUAAAGUUUGGAUAAACUAUUUGUGUAGCCAAAAUGAACACACUGACUGUACAAGGAGGUGAGGGCCGCUUUCUACAGCGCUGAGAACUGUCAACCAGCUAAGCUAAGUAGCCCAGCUGCACAGACAGCAUCAUGGCGGAGCAAGGCGAUCCUCCGGCUCUUAGCCACCAUCCGCAACCAGUGCCGACAACGAGCUGGCCAAUUAUCAAGGAGUCUUACCAGCUGCAGGAGGUUAUAGGAAGUGGGGCCACAGCCGUAGUGCAGGCCGCGCUUUGCAUCCCACGGCAGGAGCGCGUCGCCAUCAAGAGGAUCAACCUCGAGAAGUGCCAGACCAGCAUGGACGAGUUGUUGAAAGAAAUUCAAGCAAUGAGCCAGUGUAAUCAUCCAAAUAUCGUGUCCUACUACACUUCGUUUGUUGUAAAGGAUGAGCUUUGGUUAGUCAUGAAGCUUCUCAGUGGAGGGUCAGUGCUGGACAUCAUAAAGCACACAGUCAACCAAGGAGAGCACAACAACGGAGUCCUGGACGAACCCACAAUAGCCACCAUUUUAAAAGAAGUUUUAGAGGGCCUCGACUAUCUGCACAGAAAUGGACAGAUUCACAGGGACGUGAAAGCGGGGAACAUUCUGUUGGGGGAAGACGGUUCGGUGCAGAUCGCAGAUUUUGGAGUCAGCGCAUUCCUGAACACGGGAGGAGAUGUAACUAGGCACAAAGUUCGCAAGACAUUUGUAGGUACCCCAUGUUGGAUGGCGCCAGAGGUGAUGGAACAGGUACGAGGUUAUGACUUCAAAGCCGACAUUUGGAGUUUUGGAAUCACUGCCAUUGAAUUGGCCACGGGCUCUGCGCCUUACCACCGAUAUCCACCCAUGAAAGUCUUAAUGUUAACACUGCAGAAUGACCCUCCGGCCUUAGAGACGGGUGUGGAGGAUAAGGAGAUGGUGAAGAAGUAUGGAAAGUCCUUUAGGAAACUUAUAACCUUGUGCCUUCAGAAGGAUCCUGCCAAAAGGCCUACUGCAGCAGAGCUUUUGAAAUGUAAAUUUUUCCAGAAGGCCAAGACCCACGAGUAUUUGACUGAGAAGUUGCUGUGUCGAGGUCCCAAAAUAACCCAAAGAGCCAGAAAGGGGCCUGAACAGAUAUCUUGGAACAGGGGUUCUGAGAGAGAACAUGAUGUCCCAAUGGUGCGCCGGGUGCCCGGCUCCAGCGGACACCUGCACAAGACGGAGGACGGCGACUGGGAGUGGAGUGACGACGAGCUGGACGAGCAGAGUGAAGAGGCCAAAGCCAACAUCAAGCAGGGCAGGUCUCCAAGGGUCAAAGAGGAGAACUCAAACAGCGAGCCCAACGCCAACAGUGUACCCUUGGAGGGGCUGUCCAUUCAGCAUCCCCAGGUGCACCCAUUGGAGCAUCCGCCUGACAUGCAAGGUGUUGUGAACAUGGUCCUGCGGCUAAGGAACUCCAGGAAGGAGCUGAAUGACAUACGGUUCGAGUUCACUCCCGGGCGAGACACAGCGGACGGCGUAUCCCAGGAGCUUUUCUCUGCCGGUCUGGUCAACGGUCAUGAUGUUGUUGUUGUCGCUGCUAACCUUCAGAAGAUUGUAGACGACCCGAUUACCUACAAAGUGUUGACCUUUAAACUGGCUUCGGGCUGUGAUAGCAGUGAGAUCCCAGACGAGGUGAAACUGAUCGGCUUCGCUCAACUGAGCGUCACCUGAUGGCGUGGCCCCCGUGUGGGCCUUACGGGUGGGGAUGGAGGAAGAGGAGGAGGAGGAUGACGAAGACAUAGUCACAAGCACUGACUGAGCACACCGAGGGGGAAGUGCUAGCCCUCCCCUCCAUCUUCUCCCUCACAAACUGACACACACACACACACACAGACAGAAACACACAUACACACAUAAACAUUUGCUUACACAUUCACGCGUACAUGCUUGCGUCCAUUUACGUGCACCAACUCUACCUUUCCCUCAAAUAUUCAAAUCUCUUACACACACACGCUUAAACACACGCAAACACGCACAAACUACAUAUAUACAUACACACAUACAUACAUACACUCACUGUCAGCUUUGCUUCUCUCUUCACUGCUCUAGCAAACAGCCCUCCACUAUAGCCCACUCUUGCCCUCCACUAUAGCCCACUCUUGCCCUCCACUAUAGCCCACUCUUGCCCUCCUUGCUUUCCCCCGGCCUUCUUCUUUCAACAUUCCACCGCCUUCUCCCAAAAUGGACCAGGAGUCAGCCCAGCUAACUAAAAGAUAUACUCAGGUGGCACUAGCUAGUGAUGAAAUACAAAUUAUAUAUAUAUAUAUAUAAUGAGUUUUAUUUUUUAUUGUAUUACCUCUGCUUUCAGCAAAAGCUCUUAAUGUUAUUUAUUUAUUUUUUUUAAAAAGAUUUGCCUUUUGUUUUCGUAACUCUCGUGUCCAUCGUCAGUUAUGUAGAUAGUCCGACGUGUGUGCUAAGAUGUGAGCUUUGGGAAACCGAGUCUGUCCACACGAGUGUUCCUUAUUCUGAAUGUACAAAUUCUUUUAUUUAUGACAAAAGCACAUUUUCAUGAUUCCAUUUUGAAUGUUGUCUGAAAUGAGCGAAUCAUAUUGUACAUUGUAAGAAACAGAAGCAGAAGAAAAAAGAAAAAUGAAGAAAUUAAUAACAAAGAUGUAAUCCAAUGAAAAUUAAUGGAGUGAUUUCCAGUGUGAUAAAGUGUGAAAAGAGAAAAGAAAAAAUAACGGUGACGCCUGAAUGCUGCCAUGUCAAAUAACUGCUUAAUCCACAGAAUAGUGUUGAUGCUUAAACUGCUAGAGGUGCCUUGUUCAUUAAAACUGUGCCUAAGAACGUAGGUCACAAAGGGGUAGUUGCCCCCGCAGCAAGAUCUGCUGAUGUGUUUCUUGGGACAUGUUGACAGAAGUGCUUUCCAACUACGGUACAGACAUUCAUGAAUAGUAUUUUCACCAGUCAGUGGCAACAUAUAUAAGAAUUAUAAGAAUGAAAAGAAUAAAAAAUGAAUGGUAUAUUUAAAAAGCUACAAUGCACUUUUUUGGGCAGUGUAUAUGCAUCUGCAAAUCAAAUAGCUUGGCCCUGGGAGAUUCAGCCCAUCAGUCCUACCAAUAAAAGCUUCAUCCAAGGCCACCUCCAACCAUUUCCCAAAACUUCAGUCCGUCCGGUGUAUUUCACAUCCAAAGCCAACAGAUACCAGUAAAUACUGACGCCAUGCUCCGUCUUACUGCACUACAAAAAUAGAAUGUCUUGAAAAAUGCAUUUUUUUGUUCUCUGAAAUGUACUGUAUAAUAAUGUAUCCAUGUACGGAAAAACCAAAAGGCAACUAUUGAACGUACAACGAGCCAUUUAUCUGUCCAAGCAGGUACUCGUAGCUCCAAAUUAUAUUUUCAACUCAAAAGGGGAAAAUACUAUUAACUUGUACUAAAUACUUUAUUAUAAGACAUUAUGGUGUUUUCUACAUACAGUGUAUCGUGUCCUCAUGCUAUCCUUGUCCCUCUCUGUAUUUGGCAAUUAAAAAAAAAAAAAAAAAACGUCUGUGCUGAGGAGGAACAAAUAAAGAAUUGCUAUUAUUAAAAUCA